ACUAAAUUGAGUAUGAUUUUGGAUGAUCCCGAAGUGUAAACCAGAGUUAACUGUAGCAGUUAGUAGUAUUAGCAGUGUAGGGAAAAACCGAGACAACUGAAUAGCAAACAGCAAGCUAUUUAUUUUCUAAAUCAAGCAAGUUUCUUGUUUCAGGUUAUUCAGUCAAGACUUAGUAUUUUGUUAGCCUAUGAAUCUUUAGAUUUUACCCUUUUUCCAUUUUCUUCAUGCCAAAUCCGUUUACGAUGCCAUCAUCUGGAUUAAUUUUUCGAGGAUUCAUACGAGGUCUAAAUUAUCAAAGUAGAAAUCUUAUUCAUCAUGGAUUUAUUCAAAAGAUGUACUAUGCAAUGGAUUCGAUGCCCGAUUGGAAAAAGCAAAAACUCGCGUUGAAAAAAAAAGUGCAGGGUGGUUGGAAUCCGAAGAAGAAGCUACCACUGGAUUCGAUGAAUGAAAUCCGCCAAUUGAAGAAAGAUGAUCCUUCAUUAACAUGCUCCGUCUUGGGGAAUCUUUAUGGCGUUUCUCCAGAAAGUAUCCGCCGAAUCUUGAAAGCUUCAAAUCGUGUCCCCACUGAACGAGAGCUGAAGCGUAAACAACAAAGAUAAGAGCAUCUUUGAUCCAGAAAAAUCAAUACAGAAAAAGUUAAAAGUUCAGACGUCCUAGUCAAAUAAUUUUAAACAGCAAGGGACGCACCUUAUGUGCAAUGCAUAUCCGCGGAGGAAAUCAAAAGAUAUUCGUGUCUAGCUUGGAGUUACGACUUGAAUUCAUAUUCCUACUUUUAAGUCCAUAAAAUGAAACUAUGGUCUUGUUUUGGACAUCGUUAAUACGAUCAUCUAUUUAUCUUGUCAAGGAAAGUGAGUUAAGUGAAUACACUUUUCCAAAUGUGAUGAGAUAUUUACUGUUGAUUUUGCUUAUGGAUAAUUCUAUCAAGUUUUCGGUCCUACGGUAAUCUAGCAUGUUGUACUCGUUUCCACUCUUUGAAUGCUGAAAAAUAGACUAUCAUCUUGACAAUAGCUACAAAGGUAAUCGGUUAUAUGGAAGUUCCAAUUGGAAGGAGUUUUCAUUUUUUUCCUUUGAUGGAUAGUUUAAGAGAAACUAAUCGGUUACGGGAGUCUGUUUACACCGUUAACAAGAAAAGUAAUUAAAUUAAUAAAUUAAAACGCUUUAGAAUAAAGACGAGAAUUCAUUACAACAACAUAUAUUGAUG